GUUUAGCGCACGGGCAUUCAGUGUGGUUGUACCUAACUUAUAUAACUUGCCUUAUGUAGGUACUUAUACUUAGGUCAUGUAUAUAAGUACCUAUUGAUACCUGAUGCAAGCACUGAACGCGCUUUCUGCGAAGAAAAAAAAAAAGCGCGUUGCCCUUUUUAAAACAAGGACCCCUGCUUGACCCUUAGGUUAGCUGGCAACUGGCAGUAUCCAGGUCGCAAAAUAAACACUAAGGAAGCACCCACCGCCAACCUCCUAUCACAACUUCUCUACUUCUUUCCUUCUCUCCCAACUGCUUCUCUUCGACAAUCUGCCUUUUUUAUAUUCUUAAUCAUCCAUCAUUCUUUGUUAUUCAGCCUAGUUACGCACCUCGCAAGAUUACACCGCUAGAAUCGCCCAAGAUGUCUGUCGUAUCUUUACUCGGUGUCAAUAUUUUGAACAACCCCGCCAAAUUCACGGACAACUACGUGUUCGAAAUUACCUUUGAAUGUCUCGAACAGCUUGAAAAGGAUUUGGAGUGGAAGCUGACUUACGUUGGCUCUGCAACUUCCGACCAGUACGAUCAAGAACUCGACUCCCUCCUUGUUGGUCCCAUCCCUGUCGGUGUCAACAAGUUCAUUUUCGAGGCCGAUGCUCCUAAGACUAGCCGCAUCCCCGAUGCAGACAUUCUCGGAGUUACUGUGGUCCUCCUAACUUGCUCCUACGAUGGCCGCGAAUUUGUUCGUGUUGGAUACUAUGUGAACAACGAGUAUGAGUCUGAUGAGCUGAAUGCCGACCCCCCUGCCAAACCCAUCGUCGAGAAGAUCCGCCGAAAUGUACUAGCAGACAAGCCAAGAGUCACGCGUUUUGCUAUCAAAUGGGACUCUGAGGCAUCUGCUCCCCCCGAGUUCCCCCCCGAGCAGCCUGAGGCAGAUCUCCAGCCCGACGACGAAGAAUAUGGAGCUGAUGAGCUUGAUGAGGAUGUUGAGGAAGAGGGCGCCGAAGCAGCCGCCGAGAACGUGGGUGGGGCCAGUGCUUCUGCUGCAGCUGCCGAUGGAGACGCUGAAAUGGAAGGCGUCGAGGAGAAUGGAGAGCCUGCUGAGGAGGACGAGAUUUCCGAGGAGGGCAGUGUUGAUCUCGAGAACGAAAGUGAAGAUGACCUCGAGGAAGAAGUUGAGGGCGAAGCUACCGAAGGUGGUGAUGAUGCCAUGGAGGUCGACGAAACACCAGCUGGUGAUUCAUCUAAGCCUCAUGAGGUAAUGGCUCACUAAGCACCAUUUGUCUUCGGUCGGAUAUGAUUUCAGCAGCCUAUUAGUAGGCCUUUUCUGCAUGCAUUUUUGGUGUGCCGUACGAAGUUAUGAGAAGCCUUGGUAUGAAUGUUAAUUGGCUUAUGGUAGGAGUAUGAGUCAUUUGGUGGUGAAUGGCCGAGCAUUGCUUAUAGACACUUGACUUCCUGUUCCAUACAUAAUACAGAUACAAAUGGUCUAUG